AUGACGAAUACAAGAAACUGCAGAGGAACACAAGAAUCCGCAAGAAGCCCGGAGGACAUGCAGAAAUACACUGUUCUUUUGUUUAGUGGAGUUCCCGAGAAAGUAGACCUGCCAAGCAUCCUGCAGCUCUUUAAAGGAGUGGAUAUACUUUCGGCUGAAAAGGAUUCUUUCUCGGUACACAUUUCUUUUUUCUCGUACUUUGAUUUAUUCCAGCAGUGGACUGCCCUCGGAAGCGAGGUGGUGCUAGAGGGCACAAAGGUCGCAGUCCAGCCAAUAGAAAGCCCUCUCUCCGACAAGGAAAGAGAGAAACUGUACAUAGCACACGCUGCAGGAGGAACCAGGAACGUCAUGCUGACGAGCUUAGACGACUUCAUGACGGGAGACUUUAUCAGAGAGGAGGCAGAGAAGUACGGAGCCGUGGAGUCUCUGAAGCACAUGCGAGACAGAAAGCUUGCGUACAUUGAGUUUUUCUCGUUUGUCGCAGCAAUGGAGUUUGUCGUGAACAUUCGCGAGGACAGUUUGUUCCAGAACGUAAAAACAUGCUUUGGAAAAGACAAAUGCGGCACGGGAGAGAGCGAUGACACAGCAGCACACAACAGCCGAACGGUGUACUUUGGAAACAUCCCAGUGGACACAACGCCUGCAGAGAUACUCGCAGUGGUGCAGGGCGGGCGGGUGUACACCAUAAAGCUCAUCAGAGACAAAAAGUGCGCAUUUGUUGCAUUUUUUAACUAUGUGUCUGCUGCUGCGUUUAUCGAGUACUCGCAGAUGUUCUCCGUGUGUAUUCGGGGAAUGCAGGUCAAGCUCGGCCCGGGGAAGAUACAGCAGCUCCCACACAUAGCGCCUGUGCUGGCAUACAAGGGAGCCACCCGGAGCAUUCUUCUUCGAAUGGAAAAGUCAAUCAACGAAGCAAAGCUGGAGCCUGAGCUGUCUAGAUACGGAGAGAUAGAUAAAAUAGAGAGAAAAGAAGGCGACUUAGUGACAGUCUCGUAUUUGAGCGUGCAGGACUCGCACACUGCGUAUGAAGCACUGCUUAACGACCCCACAAUAAGCCACAUGCUGUGCGGGUACGCAGAAGACCCGUGCGCAGAGGUGUCAGCGUACGGCCUGAUGAUGGAGAUACAGAGAAAAGAGUUCAUGGUUUAA